UUCCCGGAAGCAGCAAGGCAAAUUGCUUCCUCCGCCUUCCUCUCCCACCACCCAACCCCCGCUGGCCUUAACCAAUGAGCACGCACGCCGGGCCGCGCUGGGGGACGUUCUGUGACGUAGCUGCUACGCACGCUUUAUCAGGCGUCUUCCCGCGCGGCAGCCUCUCUGUUCUCCCGGCCCCGUAGAGCUCGCUGUGUCUCCAGCCUUGUGACUUUUCAUUUUUUCCAGGAUUUGCAUUCUGCCAUGUCUUCUGAGGAAGGAAAGCUCUUCGUGGGAGGGCUCAACUUCAACACCGAUGAGCAGGCACUCGAAGACCACUUCAGCAGCUUUGGGCCGAUCUCUGAGGUGGUUGUUGUCAAGGACCGGGAGACUCAGAGAUCCCGGGGUUUUGGCUUCAUCACCUUCACCAACCCAGAGCAUGCCUCCGAUGCCAUGAGAGCCAUGAAUGGAGAGUCCCUGGAUGGGCGCCAGAUCCGUGUGGACCAUGCAGGCAAGUCUGCCCGGGGAAGCAGAGGGGGUGCCUUUGGGGCCCAUGGGCGUGGUCGCAGCUACUCUAGAGGUGGUGGAGACCAGGGCUAUGGAGGCGGAAGAUAUGACAGCCGGCCUGGAGGAUAUGGCUAUGGAUAUGGACGGUCUAGAGACUACAGUGGCAGAAGCCAGGGUGGUUAUGACCGCUACUCAGGAGGGAAUUACAGAGACAAUUAUGACAACUGAAACGGGGCAUGCACACGAUAUGUAGAUACACAAGGAAUAACACUUCUGAUCCAGGAUCGUCCUUCCAAAUUGCUGUAUUUAUAAAGAUUUUUGGAGCUGCGCUGAAACAUCUGUUUUAGUACAUCAAGUUCUAUUUUUGAAUUGAGCUCCCAAGGUAGUUUGUUAAAGACCUUUUAGAAAGCUCCAUGUGUUCUUUAAACAUUUUUUUCCCCUUUUAAAGAAAACUUUUAAGACAUUGGUUAUGGUACCAAUAUUUUUUCUUUUGUUAGUUUUUAUUUAGGUUCAGGAUUGUUUCUGGCCAAAAAAAGUGGCCAGGCUAAUGUUUUUAAAAUUAAUGUGUAUUUAGGGACAUAUGAAAAAACUUGUAUACAAUGUUUAUCAUGGCCAGAAAGUGAUUUCUGAAUGUACCUAUGAGCAAUCUGAAUCAAGAUCAUGAUUACCUAGAGAUGUUUUUUAUUCAAGAUUAUUGUCCUGAUUAUAUAGAAGAGCUUCUUGAAAAUGUUUGUGAAUGUCAUUUUUUUAAUACUGGAAGAAAAGAUAUUCUGUUGUGUCUGAUGUGUUUAGGAUGUCCUUUAUGGAGCUAAUUAAAAGAUGAAACCUGAACACAAAUCAA